UAAUAUGAAAGACUCGAACGGCUAAGGAAAAAACACUCCUAUGAACAGAACGUCGCGAAGGACCCGAGGUUUCAUACUCCGGGCACCUGCCAGUUGUCUGAACACUUCUCCCCUCCCAAUGCCACGUUUAUCGACACGUGUCAACAACCCACCACCUCCAAAACCCAGAACUCAAGUCCAUCACAUCACUCUCACCCUUCAGCGCCUUCUCCCUCCUCUCCGCUGUGUCCGAUGGCCGCCAUCAGCAAUCUUGGAAACACAAACCAGAUGCUGCUCGAGCCCGCAACCAGCAGUAAUGGGGCCAAGAUCCCCGAGCUGGAGAUCGCCAACUUCGUAGCUCGGCAAGAUGCCGAGAAAUGGCAAAGAAAUUGCUCGGCCCUCGAGGAGAAACUUGCGAGGCUUGAAGAGGAUUGUGGUGUUUUAAGAGAAAGAGAGGUUAAAGAUAGAGAGAGGAUUAAGAGUUUGGUGGAGGAAUUGGAGAGGAAAGAGAGGGACUUUAGAGAGAAGUUUGUAGAGGUUGUUGAAUUGAGAAGGAAGUGUGAGGAGCUGGAGGGUGAGAUUUCUGGGCUUAGAGGGAAUGCGGUGAAGAUGCCUGAUGAAAUGCCCAAGAGAGGAAAAGAGGAUCGUGUAGUGACUCCCGAGCAAAAGAGGAGUCGGGAGCUCGUAGCUGCCAACAGUGAGAGUGAGGGCGAGAGCGAUGAUGGGGUUUUAUUGAGGCAAUUGAAGAAGAAAAGGGUUAUGGAAGUGGGUUAUGAGGCCGAUAAGGGCGAUGAGUGCAAGGAGCCUUGUGAUGAAGGAGACACCGAGGUUGAUGAAGAGGCGGAUAGCCGAAUUCCUUUAGUACCGAUGAAUGGCGUGAAAGAGGGUUUUGGGCUGAAUUCGAAAGGCCUCUUGGAGGUUGCAAAAAGCGAGUACAAGUUAUUGACGAGGAAUAGAAGCCCCAGAUCGAAGAGAAAGUUUAAAUCAUUCAUUGCAAGGUGUUCUUCAACUGCAAGAAAUUCUGUUAUAUCUGACUAUGACGGUGUUGCUGCUGACCUAGGACCUCGAUCUUACUGCAGAAGAAACUCUAAGAUUCAAAAUCGAGAACGAGGAUAUACUGGAAGGAUUGCGUCCUCUGAAGAGAAAAAUCGUGCAAUUACGAGAGCAGAGGAGCUACAGAGAAACUUGAACUCUGACCACCCUUCGUUUGUUAAAUCUGUGAUGCGGUCACAUGUAUCCACCAGCUUUUGGAUUGGUUUUCCACCAAAGUUUUGCGAGGAGAACCUUCCUACUCGUGAUCGGGUGAGGAUGGUUUUAGAAGAUGAAAAGGGUGUAGAACACAAUGUCAACUACAUUGGAUACCGCGGUGGGCUUCGUGGUGGGUGGAAAGGUUUUGGAGAAGAUCAUAAUUUGGAAAUUGGGGACGCCUUACUAUUUGUGUUAACCGAGCCAAAAAGAUUCAAGGUUUACAUAAUAAAAGCAAAUCAUGAGCCAGCUGGAGAUUUGGAUGACAAGAUUGCUGAAGGAGAUACUCCCGUUAUCCACAAACAAUCAGAAAACACUAGUAGUGCUGAAGCAGAUACUCCUGCUAUCAGCGAACAGGCAGAAGGCAGUAAUAGAGCGAAAACUCGAGGUAAACCUCUUCGUUUUCGGUUUGUCAGAAGGAACAUACCAAAGCUGGAGAUGCCAAGCAAACCGGAGGGGCGUGUGUAACUCAUCUCUCGUCUCAUGAAGGUGCAUCUGACUUGGUUCUAUUAUGCUUGCUAUAGCAUGUUGGUUGUCUUCGUUGGGUUAUUUUGUAUAUCCUUAGUGGUCCGGUCCUAAUAUUUAGAUUGUCAGGUGAACUUGUACUAUUUAUAACAAUUAGCUGCUGUGCAAUAUUUAUCGUUGGGGUUGUUUGUACUUAAAUACUCCGGAAGUUUACAUUUUUUUAAUACUUUUAA